AUGAAAUUGUUUGUGAUUAGUGUCCUUAUUAUUUUGGUCUUCAGUGUAUCGGAAUCGAGUUGUGAUUCUUCAGCACAACUUAAGAAGCUUUUGAAAACUGCUAUCAAUGAUUCUGGAAUGGCUGAUUCUUUGACUGCUGCAAAACAAUAUUUGGACAAACAUUCAAAUGUGAGUUGUUAUCUGAUGAAGGCAAGGCUCCUUGCCUGGAAGGAUCAGAAUUUUUAUAGGCGCUGGUCCUUGACAAUUGUACUUUCAAAAAAAUGAAACCCUGACCCCAAAUUUAAAAAUUUUUUUCAGGACAUAAUUGGUGCUAUCAAUGUUGCAUUGGUCAGUUUUUUUCAAAUUAUUCAGUUCCUGAUUUCCAUUGAUUGAUAUUUUUCAGAGAGUUGGCCGAAUUUUCAGCGAUACCAAUCGAACCAAAGAAUUCCUCGUGGAAAAACUCGACGAUUUUAUCAAAUUCACCGAUGAUAUUGACUAA